AUGGUGCCCAGACUCACCAAUGUGUAUCUCGUCGCGACGCUGGCGACAAUCGGCGGGUUGUUGCAGGGCUUUGACGUGAGCACUCUGUCAGCAGUGCUUGCCACGCCGCAGUACAAAAGCUACUUCUCCAAGCCCGACUCGGUGACCCAAGGCGGCAUUACGGCAUCCAUGGCCGGCGGAUCCCUGCUCGGCUCCUUCUUUGCUUCGUGGACGGGCGAUAGGAUUGGGAGGCGAGACUCCAUGGCUGUCGCGUGCGUCAUCUUCAUAUGCGGCUCGAUAUUGAUGAGCGCGGUGCAGAACCGCGCGAUGCUCAUUGUGGCGCGCGUUGUCAAUGGUUGGGCCGUGGGCAUGUUGACCAGCCAAGGGUACGUGCCGAUGGGCUCCUAUUAUGUGUAUGUGGAGUUGGGCAGGGACUGA